AUGCUGCUGGGUUCACUGCACGGGGAUGCAUCACAUCACACCUGCCACACAGUCGAGGCCAGAGCAUGGCCGCUGCCUGCUGGUGUGCCGUGCAUCAACCAAGUCCCGUGCACUGCAGCCCCUUGUGAAGCAGUGCUGGCGGUGCCGCUAGUCGCGGCGCUCUGUGGGGCUGGAGGGCACGCAGCCACCACUACGGCCGCAGGGUCGUACCACUCGCUCAUGGGCGAUCCGGAGUCGCGUACACUCGCCUCGCUCUCCCUUGAAAUACUCCGCCUAAGGGGCGACACCACGGCAUCCUGGCUUUUCAAAUUCUGGUCGCCGCAUCACCACCCCGCACGCUCUCGCCCCGCGCUCUCCCCCGUGCGCCUGGAAUUCGGGUCCGCGCGCACUGUACACCUGCCAUGCGCGUCAGCUUGGCGCGUGGUCGAUCACGGGUUUUACACGUGUUCGGGGACAUUGCUGGGUGGCGACACUGGCGAAAUUAUCGGGGGGUUUUCCGCGAAUCCUGCACCCGUCGCAGUGUUUUCGAUCGCUGGGGUUACAAAGAAUGCUGUGGUGAAUAGGAUUGUCGCGGCGGAGUAG